AUUUUUCAAAGUAUCUUAGUACCACUAUGAAUGUUUCUGAGCUUUGAGCUAUUUUAUUGCUGAGACAAUCCCGUCUCAUUUACCCUGAAUCUUAUCCUCAUGCUUCUUUGGACAUCACUACUGAUCCUUGUUUCCAUCAAUGGACAAUUAUGUAUAGCUGUUGCACAGAAAGCUGUGGUGAUACCAAGUCCCCCGUGGACCCCUGUCUUCAGGGGGGAGAAGGUGACUCUAACUUGCAAAGGAUUCCAUUUGCUAAUCCCAAAGAAAUCCUGGUGGUUCUAUGAGGCUCAAUGGCAGGAAAAGUCAAAUCCUAUUGAGGUUAAAAAGUAUGGAGAGUACAGAUGCCAUUUUCAGGAUCUAGACUUUAGUGAUCCUGUAUACCCGAUAUUUUCCAAUGACUGGCUGAUUCUGCAGACUCCAUACUUCGUGUUUGAGGGAGACACUCUGAACCUGAAAUGCCGAGGUUGGGAGGAUGCCUCACUCAAAAAGAUUUCAUACUAUCAAAACAGAAGUCUCAUUUCUGGUGCCAGUGAAAAUUCACUGCUUUCAAUCCCCCGUGCACGUUUACGGCACAGCGGUUGGUAUUAUUGCAGGGCCACGUUUAAAAAGCAGAAUUUUGUAAGAACAUCUAAAGAGUUAGAGCUCCAAGUCCAAGAACUGUUUCCAUCCCCUAAACUGAAAACCACAACCUCCCAGCCCAUAGAGGGGACCUCGGUGACCCUGAACUGCGAGACCCAACUGCCUCCACAGCGGUCAGACACCGAGCUGCACUUCUCCUUCUUCAGAGAUGGCAGGACCAUCACAUCCAACGGGAAGAAUUCCCAGGAGCUCCAGAUCCCAGCCAUCUGGUGGGAAGAUUCAGGAUCAUACUGGUGUGAGGCAAAAGCUGUGACUCAGGAUGUCUAUAGACAGAGCAAACACAUGAAGAUUCAUGUAAAGAGAAUCCCUCUCUCUGGCAUCCUCCUGGAAACUCAGCCCUCUGAGACGCAGGUGAUUGAAGGAGAGAAGCUAAUCCUCAUCUGCUCAGUAGCUGAGGGCACAGGAAAUAUUACAUUUUGCUGGCUCAAAGACGACACCAAAGAAUGUUUAAAAAAGAAAACACAGCACUCCUUGAAGGAGGAGUUAGUGUUGUCUAUGAUGAAGAGUGAUGAAGGGAAAUAUCAUUGUGUUGCUGACAAUAACAUCAGCACCAUCAUCAGCAAUUCAGUGGCUAUCACUGUGAUAAUUCCAGUGGCUCGGCCUCUUCUCACUCUCAGUGCAAUUGGGAUGCAGGCUAUUGUGGGGGAUGUGGUGGAGUUUCGAUGCGAAGCUCUCCGAGGUUCUGCUCCAAUCUUUUAUCAGUUUUAUCAUAAGGACUUCAUCUUGAAGAAGAUCUUGGCCCCACUUGGAGGAGCAGUAUCCUUUAAUCUCUCUGUGACACCUGAACAUUCUGGGAAUUACUAUUGUAAGGCCAACAACACCUUUAAUGGCCAGUUCAGUGAGAUGCUGUCACUUUCCAUUUCAGAUCCUAAAAAAAGGAGACUACUUAUCAUGGGAGUCACUGUGUCCUUGCUUGGUAUUCUGGUCUUUGCUGCUAUUGCCCUUCUGGUUUACUUCAAGUUCCAAAGGAAAUCAGGAGGAAGUUCUGCCCCUGAGCCUUCCAGGGACCUACCUGUCACACACCUCCAAGAAUCUGGCCACUUAAAGUCAACCACCCCAGUGGAGCUGCAGUCAGUAUAUGACAAUGUGGCUCCAUUCAUUGAGGAUGUGAUCUAUUCUGAAAUCUGGAGUAUAAAUCAGGGGAGACUGGACACAGCAAACAACUCAGAGAGCUCUCUAGAAAAAGCGGACUCCUCAGUUGUGUAUUCUGGUGUGAAGAGAUAUAGCCCUAGUAAUUCAACAAGGAAAGAUAAGACUGUGGAUAGGAACCAUGAAGAUGCUACAGAAAAUUAUGAAAAUAUCCUGUUCUCCUGACUGUGUGAUCCCAUAUCCAACACCCAUGGCAUUUUUCAGGGACUUUCAGUUUACUUUUCAGUUUUCUUUCUUUCCUGGCACUCUUUCUUUAGCUCCUCUGAGGUGGUGCUAGUAUAGGCUUUAUUCAGUGAGUGGACUUAUGAAGAGGUACUAGAGCUUUGGAUAAGACAUGGUUAUGGGAAAAUAAAAAUAAUGAAAAAGUCCAACCAAAGUCAUUCCCUCUAAAAUCACCUCAAAAAUAGUAAGAAACUGGGGGCAUCUGGGUGGCUCAGUGGAUUGAGAGUCAAGCCUAGAAACAGGAGGUCCUGGGUUCAAAUUUGGCUUUGUACACUUCCCAGCUGUGUGACCCUAGAGAAGUCACUUAACCCCUAUUGCCUAGCUCUUACCACUCUUCUGCCUUGGAGCCAAUACAGUAUUGGCUCUAAGACAGAAGGUAAGGGUUUAAAAAAAAGUAAGAAACUGUGCCAAAUGAAACAAUAAAUCAUCACACUAAAAAAUAUGAACCACAAAGAAUCUGCAUUAAGGUACACAUAAAAUGUGUACACAUAAAAUGUCUACACAUAAAAAUGUGUACACAUAAAAUGUCUACACAUAAAAAUGUGUACACAUAAAAUGUCUACACAUAAAAAUGAAGAAAAGAAGACCCACCUCUAAGAAGUCAGAGAAACAUGCUACUUCUGUUAAGAAAUAUAAAAUUCAUUUAAAGUCAAAAUGAGAGAUUGAAGUAGAAUCUAAAAUACUUCAAUUGAAUACAAGAAAAAGCUGCAGAUAGCAAUCAUGAUCUCAAACAAAGCAACAGUAAAAAGAGUUAUGGUUAGAAGAGGCAGGCAGGGAGACCAUAUUAUACUUAAGGAUACCAUAGGUAAUAAAUACCUAUGUAUUUAUUAUUUAAAAUAAAAAACAUCAGUGUUAAAUACCUUUGCACCAAAAAUCAUAGAAUCUAAGUAUUUAAAAGAAAAAAAUCAACUAAAUUAUUGGAAGGACUAGAGAGAAAAACAUUAAAUGUUGUGAACUUUAAAGUGCCUCCCUCAGCUAUUGACAAAUAUAACAGAAGAAAAUAAGAACAAUAUUUGUCAUAUGAACACAAUAUUUGAAAAAUUAGAUACGAUGGACCUUACGUAGUUACUCAAUGAAAAUUAUAAGGAAUAUACAUAAUUUUCAGUUUUUAUAGUACUUCUAAAAAUAACUAACUAUAUUCUAAUACAUAAAGGACUCAUGAAUAAAUUAAAAAGAUAAAAGAGAGAAUGAUCAAUUAAUUAAAUAAGCGGCUAAAUAUACCUAAAAAUAAUUAAGUAACAUGAAUAAGCAUAAAAAUGUGAAUUCUAAAAACUAAAGGAAAAGGAAUUGGAGAAUGAACAAAAAUGGUAUUGAGAUAGUUGUAGAACUUAAAAAAAACCCAAUAAAUCAUAGGUACAGAAUAAGGCCUAUGUUAUCAGAUAUAGCCAAUGUAUUGACUUUUCCAUGUGUAUACUUUAUUAUUACAAGGUAGCCUUCUCUUUGUGAGGUAUGAAUGAGAAAUAAUUUAAAAAAUGAUAAUUUUAUUAAAUAUUUUAAUC